ACCGCGCGCCGCCUCCCCGGCGCGUGCUCAUGUGCCGCUGCGCCAUUUGGCGGGUCCUCCGCCUCCCCGCCGCAUUCAGCCUCGCAGAGCCGCACCCCCAAAACCCUCACGCCCACCGCCGCCCCUCCUUCGAAUCCGCUCCGCCGGUGCGUGCUUGUAGUCGUCGAGGAGCUGCUGCGGCGAAGCCGAAUCGACCAUGGCGACCCGUAUUCAGUUUGAGAACAAUUGUGAAGUUGGUGUUUUCUCCAAGCUGACGAAUGCUUACUGUCUGGUAGCAAUUGGAGGGUCAGAGAACUUCUACAGCGCGUUUGAGUCUGAGCUCGCAGAUGCCAUUCCUGUGGUCAAGACAUCAAUAGGUGGCACUAGAAUAAUCGGUCGACUCUGUGUUGGAAACAAGAAUGGACUUCUCUUGCCACACACUACUACUGACCAAGAGCUUCAGCAUCUGAGGAAUUGCUUGCCUGAUCAAGUGGUUGUUCAGCGUAUUGAUGAGAGGUUGUCAGCCCUCGGCAAUUGUGUAGCCUGUAAUGACCAUGUUGCUCUUACACACCCUGACCUUGACAAGGAGACUGAGGAGCUUAUUGCUGAUGUGCUUGGUGUUGAGGUGUUCCGGCAGACCAUCGCAGGAAAUAUCCUUGUGGGGAGUUACUGCACGUUCUCUAACAGGGGUGGCUUGGUCCACCCACAUACCUCCAUUGAAGACCUUGAUGAAUUAUCGACGCUCCUGCAAGUCCCACUUGUUGCUGGAACUGUGAACAGAGGCAGUGAGGUCAUUGCUGCAGGCAUGACAGUGAACGACUGGACUGCAUUUUGUGGCUCAGACACAACGGCCACCGAGCUCUCGGUCAUUGAAAGCGUCUUCAAGCUGAGAGAAGGGCAGCCCACCGCGAUUGUCGAUGACAUGAGGAAGUCUCUGAUAGACAGUUAUGUGUAACUGAGAUCCUGCAAAUGCUGUGGGUCUCCCGUAUUAACUGUGCUAAGAUCUACUGAAAAUUAUACCGGUUCAAUCAGCGGUAGAACUUAUACUGUAAAUUUGUUUGGUGUAUCCUUGGCUUCAGAAACAUAGACGUGAUGCUACUUUAUCCUCUUAAAGAUCAUGGUAUUUUAGUAGGAA